CUAUUCUUGUGAAGUUAACCGCCUCAUCUCGCGUUAUUGAGAAGCUAGCUUGCUAUCUAGCUAACUUUAUCGUUUUGCAGGUUUUGUGUCGGCCUGAAAACGGCCAAGAAGCGACGCACAAAGACCUCCAGUGUUAGCUAAAGAAGAAAGAAAAGGCUGCACAGAGGGGCAGAACAAUGCCGCACAAUUUUCAACCCGGAGACCUGGUCUUCGCCAAAAUGAAGGGGUACCCCCACUGGCCAGCCAGGAUUGAGGAUGUCGCAGAUGGGGCAGUGAAACCCCCUCCCAAUAAAAUCCCUAUCUUCUUCUUUGGGACCCAUGAAACAGCAUUCCUUGCGCCAAAGGACCUUUUUGCCUAUGAGAAGCACAAUGAGCGCUUUGGGAAACCUAAUAAAAGAAAGGGCUUCAACGAGGGCUUGUGGGAAAUCCAGAACAACCCUCACGCCUCCUAUAGUGCUCCUGCACCUGCCAGCUCGUCUGGCAGUGAAGCUAAUGAUGAUGCAGCAGGAAGUGAUGCAGAGGAUGACAAGGAAGCAGUGGUGCCCAGUAAGGCAGAUUCAGGAAGUGAGGUAGAUUCUGACUCAGGAAGUGAGGAUCGAGGAGGUGGUGGCGGCAGUGGUGGAGGAGUGGUCAAGAGGAAGGCCCCUGCUGCCAAGCGCCCCCCUGUGAAGAAGGCCCGGGGUUCGUCCAGUGACAGGGAUGGAGAGGAGAGUGGCUCACCCUCUGAGCCAGAACCUUCCCCUUCUGACUCGGAUUCUGGAAAGAACAGUGACCAGGACUUCACCCCAGAGAAGAAGGCGGCAGCAGGCCGUGGCAGUGGGAAGAAGGCUGGAGGUGGCAAAGGGAAGAAGAAGGCGGUGUCUGACUCAGACUCUGACUCUGGGUCUCAGUCGGACAAGAAGAAAGGGGGCAGUGACUCAGAAGAUGAAAAGCCACGGCCUGCUCUGUCUGGAUCCGAAUCUCAGUCUGGCUCCAAAUCCGACUCUGACUCAGAGCCACAGCCAGCUCCACGGAAGGCCCCUCAAGCGCGCAAGAAAGAGAAGCCUCUGCCAAAGCCUCGUGGUGGGCGGAAACCCAAAGCUGCCCAGGCCAGAGCACCGCCAUCUUCCUCUGACAGCGACAGCGACAGUGAGCCUGACCGCGUCAGUGACUGGAAAAAGAGAGAUGAGGAGCGUCGGAAAGAGCUGGAGGAACGGCGGAAGAAGGAGCAGGCAGAGGAGAUCCUCAAGUAUCGGGAGAGGGAGAAGGAAGAAGAUGAGCAGAGAAAGAAGGACAAGGAGAAGGGAAAGAGCAGUGGUGAAAACAGCUCAGAUGAGGGUGUAGAUGAUCACCCACUGAAGAAGUCCAAGAAACCUCCACCGCCACCCAUCCCCGCCCCAUCCGACUCCGACUCUGGACCUGAGGUGAAAAAAUCUGCGAAGCGUUCAGACAGCCAGAAGAAAGGGAGAACAAAGAAAGAGAGAGAUCAUGGUAAAGGCGAGAAGGAAAAGCGAGCCCAGCGGUCAGAAGAGAGGCCCAGAGGGAGGUCCAAGCCUGACAAGCCCAAACGCAAACCCGAGAGACCUCCCGAGAGGAAAGUAGAGAAGAAAAAAGAGCCAACCCCAGACGAAAAGCUGCAGAAGCUGCACACGGACAUCAAGUUUGCGCUGAAAGUGGACAACCCAGACAUAGAGCGCUGUCUACUGGCCCUGGCAGAGCUCGAAGCUGUGCCGGUCACCAGCCACAUCCUGCAGAAAAACUCUGAUGUUAUCGCCACACUUAAAAAGAUCCGUCGAUACAAGGCAAGCAGUGCCGUUAUGGAAAAGGCCAGCCAGGUCUACAACAAGUUAAAGGGUCAGUUUGUGGUCAAGUCUGAAAUGCCAAGUAAACACAAAGCUGAGGGAAAAGAGCAGGAAGAGGAUGGGAAGGAGACACAAAAUUCUGAUGUAAUGCCUGUGAAUGGGGAAUCAGAAGUCCAGAAAAAGGAAUGUACUGAGUUAGAGGAUACCCCAAAGUCACCGGUCCAGGUAGAGAAUGAUGAGCGUGUGGCUUCAAGCCCCAACAGGCCCAGUCCUGAUAGUCCUACUGAGCAGCAGACGCACACUGAUGAAACGUACCACGCUCUCUCUGCAGAGACUGAACCGCCAGCAAUAGAGAGCUGAAGAAAAUGGAGCACAAUUGUUUAACACAGCUAACAGCUCAUUAGUCUCGUCCUGGAUACCUGGCGCUGUGCUGACCCCUUUGUUGUUCACAAUUGUAUUUUUCCUUUUAUACGACACCUUGGCCUGUCCCCAAUCUCCCCCCCCCCCCCCAACCCCCCCCC